GCAGCUGCAUAUGGAAACUUUCAUAUAACCAAGAUUUUACUAAAACACGGUUUUAAUGUCAGGGCUGUAGAUCAACUUCUUUGUUGGAGACCUCUAAGAUAUGCUGAUAAAGGUGGUCAUUGGGAUACUGUUGAAAUACUAUUAACAAAUGGUGCAAAUGCUGAUGAUAUGAAUGAAGCAAUGAAAAGCCUACAGAAUUAUAUUGCUGACAAACCGAAAAAAACUUUACUGCACGAAGCAGCAGAAAAAAGUUUAAUAAGCAUUAUAAAUGCACUGAUAGACAGACAUCCUAAGUUGAUAAAUGCAGUUGAUGAAUAUAAAUGGACUCCUCUACACUAUGCUGCUAAUAAGAAAGCCACUGAGCUUUUAAUAAGAAAAGGCGCAGCUAUUGAAGCUAAUGAAAACUCUGACAGAACACCUCGAUUUGGAAAGACACCUCUAGACGAAGUUGUUAGGAGAAAUAAAGAGAUUGUGGAGCGUUUAAUAUCUCAUGGUGCUGAUGUCGAAGCUAAAGAAAACACUGAUAGAGCACCUCUGUUUUUCGCAAAGAACAAAGAGAUAGCCGAGCUUUUAAUAAAAUGUGGCACUGAUGUUAAUGCUAAAAGUAGCGAUGGAAAGCCACCUCUACACGAAGCUGUUAAGAGAAGUAAAGAGAUUGUGGAGCUUUUGAUAUCUCAUGGUGCUGAUGUCGAAGCUAAAGAAAACACUAAUAGAACACCUCUGUUUUUCGCAAAGAAAAAAGAGAUAGCCGAGUAUUUAAUAAAAUGUGGUGCUGAUGUUAAUGCUAAAAGUAGCGAUGGAAAGACACCUCUGCAUGAAGCGGUUGAGAGAAGUAAAGAGAUUGUAGAGCUUUUAAUAUCUCAUGGUGCUGAUAUCGAUGCUAAAGAAAACACUGAUAGAACACCUUUGUUUUUCGCAAAGAACAAAGAGAUAGCCAAGUUUUUAAUAAAACGUGGCGCUGAUGUUAAUGCUAAAAGUAGCGAUGGAAAUACACCUCUACACGAAGCUUCUAAGAGAAGUAAAGAGAUUGUAGAGCUUUUAAUAUCUCAUGGUGCUGAUAUCGAUGCUAAAGAAAACACUGAUAGAACACCUUUGUUUUUCGCAAAGAACAAAGAGAUGGCCAAGUUUUUAAUAAAAUGUGGCGCUGAUGUUAAUGCUAAAAGUAGCGAUGGAAGGACACCUCUACACGAAGCUUCUUAGAGAAGUGAAGGAAUUGAAGAGCUUUUAAUAUCACGUGGUGCUGAUAUUGAACUUAGAGAGAUAGGAAGGGUGAUUAGAGAUAUUUCCGGAGAAUUUUACGAAGUCGGAGCUAAGGAGAUAUUUAAUUAAGAAUGCGUCAUCCACUUUUUAGGCACAAAAAGGUAUUGAUCAUAUUAAAGCUAAAUGUAAAUUUUAUUUUAAAAAUAUGUUUUAAUUUAAAAUUUAUUAAUGUAAAUAGUUGAAAAUGCUGUCAGGCAUAUGAUCAUUACCUCAGCGAAUUUAUUUCUGGAUAUCAUAGAAUUCCAACGCAUAUUCUAAUGUAAGGAUGUGUGUUUAAUGAAAAAAGUCAAGUUUAUGAAAAAUUUGCAGUUUAUUUUGCUGAUAAUUAUGUGUUCUUAUUUUUACAAAUAUUAUCUAUACAAUUAU